AUGUCCUUCAACCUUCCGUGCCCGAGCCUUGUAGGGCUUAUUCUUGUUGCCUCGACCCACAAUGGCCCGCAUUUCUCCUUCAGCUAUCCUCCUGAAUUGUCCAACGAGGAUCUCUUUCGCACAAAGUCUGUUUCUGAAGAUCAGCUCAACGAUGAAGACUACAUUCAAGACGACCAGUCAGAGGACAGUCUAGAUGAGAUUGCCUUAGACGGUAUCCAUCCAAACUCCUAUUUGGUGACUAAAAAAGAUAUCUUGACGGUCCUUGAUAAACAGGAGAGACUCAAGAAAGACUCUGGUGCUGAUGCAAACUCCUUCUCCAGCGCUUUCAACUGCACUGGAAGAGCCUCUUUACGGCAAGUAACAUCCAAUUCGAGCAAAGGGUCUUCAGCAAAAGUUUCUGAAGACUCAAACAAGGUAUUGGGGUUCGAGCGGGAGUAUCUCAGUGAGAUGCUCUGCCCUCCUCGUCUGAUGUGCAAUAGCCGUUUUGAGGUGAUGAUUGAAAAUCGGGUGUUUUUGGGGCUUCCAAUUCACAUCGACGCUAACGGUUGUUGGAGACCGGGAAAGCAGCCGAAAAGUCGAAACAAGCCUGCUGACGAAACCAACGACAAUGGGGAUGAAAGCCUGUCCACAAAUGCAAUGUCGAUGUUUCAUUUGGUUUUUGUUCUCAAUCCCCCAAAAAUUGAACGAAACUAUAGAAUUGAUGAGAUGUUUUACUACGUCACUUCAAAGUUGUCUCUUGUGCUACGGUACGAGCAGCUGAAGCGAGACUACGUGUGGAAUCAGAUUCGGCUCAUCCUGAAGUCCAGAGAAGAGUGGAGAUCACAGGCUUCCCUUCAAAACACCCUUCUUUCUGACUACCUCAUAUCAAAGCUGUCUCUUUGCAAGCUCAUGGCUGAUUGCUACGAGUCAAUUUCGACGAGCAAGAUCGCCACCCUUACCAUAAACAACAAACGCAAAUCAUUUCAAAUACCAACUAAAAUGGAAUUCUCGUCAUUGCCCGACUCCACGGUUCCAUAUAUACCGGGAUCAUACCUAUCUUCCACUGCAAAUAUGCUCUCAUCUACAGGAUUAGUUAAUUUGGGCGAAACUACUAGGUACCACGACAAGGGCCUCAUGAACUUACUUUUGGAUGGAAGGCUCAAUUCAGGCAAUUAUGCAGCAGCUGAUGAGGUUAAUUCACUGGACAACGAGGAAGCAAAUGCCACCUCGUAUGAAGAUGUGAUAUAUUUUGCCUUGUUACUUUUGGACAGCCCUGAGGUGAUCAUCAAGGACAUCAAGGCUGAACCGCAAAGUCAGCUAGCAAAGUUUAUUCGGGUUAUUAGGCCCACUGACUCGCUCCUUAAACUCACAAAUAGGAUGAGGGCAGCUAAUCUGUCCAUCAACAUCUCGCAUAUUAAAUCAUUUGCAUUUCAAUUAAUUUACUGGAGAAAAGCAAGAAUUAUACCACCUAUUAAUUCGAAGGCAAUUUACAUAGUAUCACCGAUGGCGCCGUUGGAGACCAACUACAGAAGAGAUGUCAAACUUUUUAAAGCAAAAUUUUCAACGCUUCCUUCGCUUCCUCUGUUCUUGAAGUUGCUUUCUACAAGGUCAAAGAAGCCAAAGCAAUUUGCAAGCAUUAUACCUUCCCGAGAUCAUAAAGAAUUGUAUCUUUCAGCUUUAGCGUGGCUAAUUCGGUAUGGCUAUGUGACACAAUUGCACACCUACAUAUGGCUCAAAAUACCCAGAAAAGUCAAGAUGAGGGUUGAAGAAGAGUUGGAAACCGAGGUAGACAAGUCAAAACGGAGAAAACUGAUGGAGGAACCCAAAAAUGAAAGUAUAGUCGACAACAAAGUCGAUAAUAAAGUCGAUAACAAAGUCGAUGACAAAGUCGAUAACAAAGUUGAUAACAUAGUCGAUAACAAAGUCGAUAACAAAGUCGAUAACAAAGUUGAUGAUAAAGUCGACGAAAAUGUCGACAAAAAGGAUGACGCAAUCGUCUCGUCGUCACCGAGUAGAGCAACAAAUACAAAAGGUGGCCUGAGCUAUUUGGAUGAAGAGGUUGAAAAAUUUGACAUCGUUCUUGAGGAAGAGGACGACACCAUCUUGGUGGAUCCUGGAAGGGCUUCAAGUCUUGAAAGAAGAUGGAUUAACCGGGUAAUCUAUGAUGAGUGUAAACUCUCACCGGAAUUGACAACGAUAUUCUUUAAGCUUCUCAAGUACAUGAAUGGGAAAAACUCCCUAGAGCUUUUGUUGCUUAAAGAAAACGUCUCUCGAGUAGAGUUGAGAAAAUUACUUUUGGCCAUAGAGGACUACAUCAUUUCAGUCAGGCACUGGUAA